AUGGACGGCUGGCGGCUGAAGGCACGCCACUACACGGGCUACCUGCAGUCACUGAACGAAACGCAGCUUUUCUACUGGUUCUUUGAGUCGCAGCAUGACCCAGCCAACGAUCCACUCAUUCUCUGGCUUUCCGGAGGCCCCGGUUGCAGUAGUCUCUUUGGAGCCAUCGGCGAGGUGGCGCCCCUUCGAAUGCAGCCCAACGGGACCAUCACCGAUAACCAACGAUACGCUUGGAAUCGACGAGCCAAUUUGCUUUUCAUUGAGUCGCCGGCGGGUGUUGGCUUUAGCUAUCGACCUGGAGCUACUAAGUACGAGACAAACGACAACGAAACAGUGGCCAUCAACUACGCCGCCCUCUGCUCCUUCUACACUAAAUUUCCCCACCUCCUAAAGAACACUCUUUACCUAACCGGAGAGUCCUACGCCGCGCGCUACCUCGCCGACCUGGCCACCGAGAUUCAGGCCGUCGGCUACCCUGCCUCCUUUGGCGGCAUCGCCAUCGGCAACGGCAAAUUCGACAACGACCUAGAGAACAAGGCCUUCCGCCCCUUCCUCAAGAAGUACCACAACCUGACUGCCUACAGCUACGAGAUGAAGGGCAAUCUCACCCGGCCCCUCUGGGUGUACAAUCUGAAAAAGGACUGCCAAACGGCGACGCCCUUCUCCUACCAGUACCUCUACAUACCGGAGACUCGGGAACCGAGUGAAAUUCUAAAGUACGAGGAAAAACCUUUCUGUGGAAGCGAAGAGGCCAUCCGCCAGUACUUCAGCCGACCUGACGUCCUCGAGGCCCUUCACGUGGACACCGAGCUGAAUCCUGAGGAGUGGCGCAUCUGCGCCUUCAUCAAGCCGGACUUCUUCAACUACACCUCCGGCGAGGAGAACCAACUUCCGGUGAUGCGCACCUUGGUCCGCUCCAAGACCAAGGUCUUGCUUUACUGGGGCGACGCCGAUGCGGUGACCAACUACUUUGCCGCGUACCUUUUUGUUCGAAAACUGAAGUUCAAGGUCAACGGAACGGAGGAGCUGCUGCGAAUGGAUGGCUCAGUCUACGGUUCGGCGGAAAGUUUCAAGGACUUNCGUGGACACCGAGCUGAAUCCUGA